CAGUGACCAAUUUCCACCAAGUGGACUGCAAACUCGUCUGCUUGUUUAAUACAAUUAAAAAUAAAGGUUCUCAAUCAAAUAUCGGACAAAACGAACUUUCGGUAAUCGAGAGAAGGAGGUGUGUUGGACGGUUAAAUUUGAUGAUAUUGGGUUCUGUAGCUCCCUACUACAACUACUGACGUCAUUCGACAAGUUCUACAAUGAACUCGAACAUCCUUGAACUGUUUUAAUGAAUCAAGCUUUUUGUAAGCCCCACCCGGCCCCGGAAACCCUAUGAUUUAAUCGUCGUUGAGAACUAUGAGAGAACGAAGUUCCGUAAGGUCGCUCUGAAGUAGAUGAACAACUGUACAGUUACACAAACUACGGGAUGGAUGUAUCCACGCCCACGACCCCGGGCGACUGCCUACCAGGGCUAUUCCAGCACAUGGACUCCUUGAGCCCAGGGUUGGACUCCGAAUUUGACGAAAGUCUUGCAGUACCUGAGUCACUCUCAGUUAUAGACAUAGAUAAAGUUGACAAUAAGGAUUGUGACGCAGUACUUGCCAAAUCGGUGCCAUUCAAACACAUCCACGAACCACCUAUAAAAUUCAAUUCGGUUCAUAGGAAAGUGUUCAUUCCUGGAGUCGAAAUAAAGGUGAGAUUUGUCGAAAACGAAAGGAGUGUUACAACACAUCUGCUGAAUCCAAAUUUGUAUACAAUAUCCCUGCAACAUGGCGACUUCACGUGGACGAUCAAGAAGCGAUACAAGCACAUAUUAAAUCUGCACCAGCAGUUAACACUAUAUCGGGCGUCGCUAAACAUACCGUUUCCAACGAAGGCCCAUAAGUCUAGGAGGGCUAGCUUCAAGAACACGGUUGACACUGAAGAGAAAGCCGAGAGGGUGGCUCUCGAAGCUGUCCCGAGGAGUAACUCAAAACGCAUCACCAAACCGAGGAAGCGAAGAGGGGCUUUGCCAAGGUUUCCGAAGAAACCAGAAGUCAUGAUCACGUACGAAGGUAUACAAUUGCGAAUGAAACAAUUAGAAGAAUAUUUAUAUAAUCUCCUGAACAUAUCCAUAUACAGGAAUCAUCACGAAACGGUGAAAUUUCUUGAGGUUUCAAACUUAUCAUUUAUAUCGGAGCUCGGAAGCAAAGGAAAGGAAGGCAUGAUACAGAAGCGGACCGGCUCCACGCAGCCCGGUCAAGCAGGAUGCAACUGCUUCGGACUCCUGGGUACCGUCGUCUGUGUCAGGUGUAAUUACUUCUGCACCGGUCUGGUCUGUGCUAAAUGGCAGGAGCGCUGGUUCUUCGUCAAGGACACAUUCUUCGGCUACAUAAGACCCCGGGACGGAAUUGUCAAGGGCAUUAUGCUGUUUGAUCAAGGUUUCGAGGUAUCGAGCGGAAUGUACUCGACUGGGAUGAAUCACGGUCUUCAGAUACUGAACCAGAGCCGACAAAUGGUCAUCAAGUGCUGGACGAAACGAAAAAGCAAGGAGUGGAUGAACUACCUCAAGACUGUAGCUAAUCAGAGUGCCCGCGACUUCACGUACCCGAACGUGCACCACUCGUUCGCGCCCCCCCGGCCCGCCACCCCCGCGCGCGCGCUCGUCGACGGCGCGGAGUACUUCUCGGCGGCGGCCGACGCCAUGGAGCUGGCGCGGGAGGAGAUCUUCAUAGCCGACUGGUGGCUCAGCCCCGAGGUGUACAUGAAGCGGCCCGCGCUCAACGGAAACUAUUGGAGGCUCGAUAUGAUCUUGAAGAGGAAAGCAGCGCAAGGUGUGAAAAUAUUUAUAUUGCUGUAUAAAGAAGUUGAAAUGGCGCUCGGCAUCAACAGCUACUACAGCAAAAGUAGAUUAGCUAAUGACAAUAUUAAAGUUUUCCGUCACCCAGACCACGCGAAGGCCGGCGUGUUCUUUUGGGCGCACCACGAGAAGAUCGUCGUUGUCGACCAGAGCGUCGCCUUCCUGGGGGGCAUCGACCUCUGCUACGGCCGCUGGGACGACCACAGACACAGGUUGACGGAUCUGGGUAAUAUAGCUCAACCGAAGAACUCUAUAAGGACUAAGAAGAAGACUUCGAGUUCGCCGGGCGGGGGCGGCCUGUACAUACACAACGCGAACGGCAUCGACGCCGCGCUGGAGCUGGCCAAGACCUCCAGAGAUAUCGUCAUCGGAUUGAAUGAUUUAGAACUACAAGAUUUGAAUGCAAAAGAACACGAAUCAAGUCAGCCGGAACAAAGCGAAGAGACCGAGAGCGUUCCGGAGCCGGAGCUGCCCGUACUAGAGCCGGGCGACCGCCUCAUGAUCGCCACGCAGCCCGACUACAGGACCGACACGCCCGAGAUACAGAAGCGCAACGUGCUCGACAAGCUGACGGACCGCGGGAAGGACAUCAUCAGCAGCAUACUGUUCGACGAGGAGAGGAACGAGCACAAGUUCGACGAGUCCGAGCGGAAGAAGGCCGAGAAGUACGCGCGCUCCAACGACUCCGUGCUGCUCACGGACGCGCUGGGCGUGCGGGGGGCGGGGGGGACGGCGCGCACCCCCGCACCCCUCGCGCAGGUCGUCGAGGGACGCGUCAUCACGGAGAGCACGAAGGACGCGCUGGAAGGCGUCGAGGGCAACUCGAAGCUGUGGAUCGGGAAGGACUACACGAAUUUCAUUGUUAAAGAUUUCAACAACUUGGAUUUGCCGUUUGUCGAUCUAGUCGACCGCAACACGACGCCGCGCAUGCCGUGGCACGACGUGGGGCUGGUGGUGCAGGGCGCGGCCGCGCGGGACGUCGCGCGACACUUCAUACAGCGCUGGAACGCUAUCAAACUAGAGAAGGCUAGACAAAACACAAACUAUCCGUACUUAGUGCCGAAGACAUACAGCGACAUACAGCCAUUAGGGGACUUCGACAAAUUACUGAACAUCGACAUGAACAACGUGUCUUGUCAGGUGCUACGCAGCGUGUCGAGCUGGUCGGGCGGGUUCCUGGACCCGGACACCGUGGAGCAGAGCAUCCACGAAGCGUACGUGGAUACGAUAACGAGGGCGCAGCACUACCUCUACAUCGAGAACCAGUUCUUCAUCACGCUGUCUCGAUCCAGCGUUGCGGUCCGGAACCAGAUCGGCGAGGCGCUGUUCAACCGCAUAAUGCGCGCGCACCGCGGCGGCGAGGCGUUCCGCGUGUACGUGGUGAUGCCGCUGCUGCCCGCCUUCGAGGGCGAGGUGGGCGCGCCCUCCGGCACCUCGCUGCACGCCGUCACGCACUGGAACUACCAGAGCAUCAGCAGGAGCCGUGAAGCCAUCCUGACCCGUCUGUACGAGGCGGGCGUGUCGGACCCCUCCGAGUACAUCACGUUCCACGGGCUGCGGACGCACUCGCGGCUGGAGGGCGAGCCUGUCACCGAGCUCAUCUACGUGCACUCCAAGCUGCUGAUAGCGGACGACAAGACGGUCAUCUGCGGCAGCGCCAACCUCAACGACCGCUCCAUGCUCGGCAGCAGGGACUCCGAGAUCGCCGUGCUGCUGCAGGACGAGCAGUUCACGGACGGGACGAUGAACGAGCAGGCGUUCCCGUGCGGGCGCGUGGCGGGCGCGCUGCGCAAGCGACUGUUCCGCGAGCACCUGGGGCGGGGGGAGGGGGGCGGCGAGGUCGACGACCCCUGCUGCGAGCGCUUCUACCGGCACGUGUGGCAGGCCGUGUCGCGACAGAACACGGAGAUAUACGAGGACGUAUUUCACAGCAUACCCACGGACGCGGUACACACGUUCGCACAAUUGAAACGUUAUCAAGAGGAGCACUGUCAGACAUUGUGGCACACAGACCCGGCGUUGGCGAACAGGAAAAUAGACCUUAUACAAGGUCAUUUGGUCGAUAUGCCGCUGGAUUUCCUUUGCAACGAAACAUUAACGCCGCGAAAUACUUCAAUGGAGGGAAUGAUGCCUACUUCGCUGUGGACUUGAUGGAAUUUAAGGAUAUUAAGUGAUUUCUCUUCAUUACUUAGAUCAGCAAAGUAGCUUUAAACACAACUUAUACAAGGUUGGUUUUUACUUGCCACUUUACUUUUAUUUUAAUAUCGAAAAUAAACCUGAAUAAAGAAACUGGGAACCCGCAAUCGAAACUGAAGGUAUCCUCUUGUGACUGGACCGUGAGGUAAUUGACCCCACGCAUCACUUGAUCUUACAUUGCGUAUAAUGCAAAAAACAUUGGGACACAUCUUUCGACCGCAUUUUUUUUUCAUUCGUCUUAUUUCAACAUUGCCUUCGUAAAUGUCGAAAAAAUUGAAUUUCACAGAAACUAUACAAAAAAAAAAAUUCACAGAAACUAUAUAUCGUCCUUACUGAUUGUGCUUUGACACCCAUGAAUUGGGUGUUUUUUAUAAUUUAAAUCGGGUGCUAAAUAGAAAAUAAAAAUAUUAGUAAUGUGGUUAUCAUGAACUUAAAUAAAAUCGUUUCAAAAACAUUAAUUUCGCAAUAAAAAUAAAAUACAUAUAAUUAAUUUUGCUCGAAGUAGGUAAUCGUUAAUGAUAUUUAAAUGAAAAAAAAAUUACGGGAGCUGGCUCUUAACUUGAUCAUAUAGUUAUUCAACUUUGAGCUUUAGAACAAUCUAGAUUUAAGUCUAAUUUCGCGAUUGAAUAUACAUUGAUUAGUUAUAUCGUUUAAAUGUGAUCUGAAUCUUUUCUGAUUCUUGAUUGUUCUCUCUUAAAAACUAUUCCGGUACUUUCUCUUAUAUCCCCUUCAUACGUCACAGACCAACAUUAUGGAUUGUGUGUUAAAAGAUAAUAAUUUAUAAGAAGUGUCUUUUAUACGAUAUUAACAAGAGACAAUUACAUUCGUAAAUUACUAUAAUACAAAUUAAAUAAUUUUGAUACUUUACAUUAAGAAAACGAAAAUUAAUUGACUAUUUUUCAUUAAACUAAUUUUGAAGACGUCAUGGUCUAAAGGAUAAGACGGCCGGUGCAUUCGUAUCGAGCGAUGCGACUUAUCAGUGUUCGAAUCUGGCAAGCGGGUAAAAAAAAUUCUAGUGAAAUUCUUACUAACAUAAUUAUGAUUUCUACCAUCAACGAAUAAAAAAUCUGUAAUAAGAAUCAAACUCGCAAAUACUGUAAUUUGCAUAAUCACUACACAAUUGAGAGAAUAGACCUCAAAUCCCAAUGUUGCUUGUGGACUUCGCUUUGUUUUUGUCCUUUGUUGGACCCUCACAUAAAUAUAGUAAUUAUAACAUGAAAUAAUAAUUAACUUGUAAAUUUCAUGAGGAAAAUAUAAGAUUUUUAUUGAUAUUCAUUGCUUUUGCAAGAGUCCAUGGACACCUCGAAUGACGCUACUCACCCUGAGAUAUUAAAGUAUUAAAUUUAUAUAAUGAUAUUCCUAUCCGGGUGAGCUUACAAUGUUCCUUCACUAGCAGUAUUUAAGGCAUGGGAACUAGGGAGCUACCAUCACUGACCUAUAGGCCGAAGAAGCCAUGAUCAUAUUGAUAAAUAGCUGAAUAGACGAUUAUUUUGUACCGUUAUCCUAAUUUCUACUAUGCGGCAAUCAUUGAAUACAGGCAAUCUCCCUAUAACACGGUAGAUACGUUCCUACAAAGACCCGUGUUGUGCAAAACAGUGUCAUACGAUACUAGAAGCCAGUACAAGAAGGAAAGUAUUUUUUCUGAAUGAAACAACUAUGCUUAUAUGUAUUUUUAAGCUUUUAUCGCGUGCUUUGAGCGCGGCGACCGAAUCAAGGAAUUCCGUAACGAAACUAAAACCUAACAACCCCACUCCGCCUAUCAUGUAGCUCGCGUUCAACACAUUCACACGUUGCCCUUGUGUAGUGUUUGUGAAUAAGCUCGCGGCGUGACGUCGCACUGCAUGCGCAUCAUGAAAAGUCUGCCCAUCUCUCUCUCGCGCGGUCUAGCUUAUGAGUGUGAAGAGGACAAUUAAUGUUUUGCUUUUGUUAAUGUUUAUAAAUAUAGCGUAUUCUUAUUUGAUUAUUGUUUUAAUAUUAAAUUAUUAUUGUCUAAUUAUAAUUGCAUAAGUUGAUCAAAAAUUCUAUGCAAUAGCUAUACCGCGGCAGUCCCCGAGUGCCACAUGUCUUUUUUUUGACCUAUUACAUAAAAAAUAAACAGUAAAAUUUCGGUUAUUCCCAUAUAUUUUGUGUUCAUAGUGCUUAAUGUAUUUUCUAAAUAAUUUUAAACAAACGUCUCGUUAUCGUGUUGUAGUUAUACCGUGUUAUAAGAAAGUUAUGGAAAAGUUUUCUUUUAGUGUUAGAGUUGAGGCGUGUUGUAAAAUACCGUGUUAUAGGAAGGCUAGCUAUACCUCAUCUAAUAGACCGGGUUACAUUUCCUCUCAUCACACGUCCCUGACCUUUGACAAUCCUUAGCAUCAUUCUUGACAUUGAACUUGCUACCUCUAUAAAGCAUUCCCUUCGACAAAUCUAUGUUAAGAACAUCCCUACUAAUAUGUUAUAAUUUCCAACUUAUUGUAAAACUUUAUAUGAUGUACACAAUCAAAAGUGUAGGAUAAGAGAUGAAGUGUUAAAAAAACUGUAUAUCCGCCGUACCUUACAAUUCCAUUUUUUUUCUUAUUUUAAAUUUCAAUUUAUACCCAAUUUUAUUGUUUCUUUGAAACAAUUAAUGUUUUGGGUCUAUAUUUUUUUCCAUUUUAACAUUCCUAAUAUUCUAAGUUGCUGUUUAAAAAUUACAAUCAAAAUUUUAAUAAAAAAUCAAUUUUAAUACUUGAAGCGUUUCAAUGAAUACAUAGGUUGUAGAUAUUUCACUGAAACACUCCUAGUGUUAACUAAUGUUUGAUUUUAUGUGUUACAUUUUCUCUUCUGUUUUGUUGUAGACCUUUUUUUUUCUAAUAAAGGUGUUAAUAAACUGUUUUUCAAUAUCUCUAACAAUAAAUCUCUUCUUUAUUACAAUACAAAAAAGUUCGUUUGACAACUACAUAAGAAAGUAGUAUUGUGAACUGUUAUAUCUUUGUCUUUUUAUUUAUAGAUGUUCGACUAUGUAUGCAUGACUUUUUCUAGCUGAAACAUUUCAAAUCAAAUCUAUAAUGAAGCGUUGUAAUUAUAAAUCAUGGUGUCUAUAUAUGUGUUGCAUUAAUUUGGAACUUAAGUUCCCGAUAUUUGGCAGAAAUAGGAAGCUAUUGUAUACAUAUAUAUCGACACUUGAAAGGCAAACGUGACUGAACUUUACAGUAGACUAAUUUAAAGUUGAAAUUAACUUAAAAUAUACCUGAGAAAUACCUGAAAAAAUAUAUAUUUUCACGAAUCUAGCUGUAGGAUUGAAAUGAUUUUAAUAGACCUAGAAAUAUAUAUUUUUUGCGGAUCGAAUAUGGUUAUUGCCAAUCAUUCAUGUACAAAGCAGUUAUUGUCGCUUAGUCACGUUUGCCUUUCAAGCGUCGAUAUAAAGUAUUAGAACAGAGAUAACAUAGGGAUGUAAACAUCUCAACGACUUUGAAUAUAAUAUAGUGAAAUUAUGUAAUUCGUAUUUCGUUUAAUUUAUUUUAGAUAAUCUUAUUAAUCUCAAACAAUAGAUAACUUAAACGAGAAAAUGAAAUGUGUAUUUUAAAAUUUAAUUCAAUUAAUAAGAAAAUAUAAUAAUAAAAUGCUAUGUAAUAUUUUAAAAUAUUUCAAUGUAGAAAUAUUAACAUCUUUUUAUAAUAAAGAUACAUUAAUUUGGACGAGAAUAAAUAGAAGUGAAAUACACAUUCGUAUAUUAAUCCAGUUAGAUUUCAAUAGUUAUUUAUUAUAGGUAAUAUAUUGUAUUAUUAUGUAAUGUAUUAUUUUGACUUUGGGUCUACUAUUCUAAUAUAAUUACUUGACAUAAUAUUAAGUAAAUUGAGAUUAAUAAUACUUAGUGGUGUACAUUACAGUAAUAUUAUCAUAAAAUGAGGUGUAAUAAUUUAUUUCAUCUACAAAUAAACGGUUGGAAUAUG